UCCCUCAACGCCGCCCAGGCCGCAGCGCAGUCUGCCGUGGAGGCCGCCAAGAACCAGAAAGCCAGCAUAGCCUCACGCUUCACCCCGCUGAACGCCUUGCAGACGCCCUUCAGCCAGGCACCCGCGCAGCCGCUCCCCUCCGGCUCUGUCCCAGCCAUGGCCCCCAAGCUGCCGCCCUCCUCCCAACCCAGCCUGGUGUCCACCGUCACCACUGGCUCCAGCCUGCUGACCCAGCCGCCCGGCCAGCCCCCGCCACAGCCCGGGGCCCCAGCCAUGCCUAGCAGCGUGGCCCCCAGUGGUGUGAGCGUGACCCCCCCGGCGGCCCCCCAGCUGGGGGCGGCCCAGCUGUCCGGAGCCCAGCAGUCGGUCACCAACAAGGUGCUGGCCUGGAACGGGGUGCUGGAAUGGCAGGAGAAGCCCAAACCGGCCUCGGUGGACUCCAGCACCAAACUGACCCGGUCGCUGCCCUGCCAGGUGUACGUCAACCCCGGGGAGAACCUGAAAACGGAUCAGUGGCCCCAGAAGUUGAUCAUGCAGCUCAUCCCGCAGCAGUUGUUGACCACGCUGGGCCCCCUGUUCCGCAAUUCCCGCAUGGUGCAAUUCCACUUCACCAACAAGGACCUGGAGUCGCUCAAGGGGCUUUACCGCAUCAUGGGCAACGGCUUCGCGGGCUGCGUGCACUUCCCCCACACGGCGCCCUGCGAGGUCCGGGUGCUGAUGCUGCUCUACUCGUCCAAGAAGAAAAUCUUCAUGGGGCUGAUUCCCUACGACCAGAGCGGCUUCGUCAACGGCAUCCGGCAGGUCAUCACCAACCACAAGCAGGUGCAGCAGCAGAAGAUCGAGCAGCAGCGCAGCAUGGCCAGCCAGCAGGUGAGCCCCGCCAUGGCCCCAGGCCCUGUCAUGGACGACCAGCAGCGGCAGCAAAGUCUGCCCCAGCCUGGAGUCCCGCAGACCCAGCAGCCUUUGCACCACCUGCAGCAGGCGUCCCAGGGGCUGCUGCCCCAUCAGGCCAUGGGGCAGGCUAUGGGGCAGCAGCCGCUGCAGCUCCCUGGCCAGCCACUCAUGCACCAGGCACCUGGGCAGCAAUGGCCAGGCCAGAUGGCCCCACGGGCCCCACUGCCAGGUCAGAUGCUGAUGCCCCCAGGGCCCCGGGGCCCAGGCCCCCAGCCCGGCCUGCAGCAGGUGCAGCCGCCCAGUGUCAUGGAAGACGACAUCCUCAUGGACCUGAUCUGAGAGCAGCGACCCCCCAGUUGGGGGGGGGUGUCUGCACCUGUCAAUAAACCUCCUGCUGUCCCUGC